UCAGUCCAUGACCUGAACCCUCUUUGUCUGUCUGAAGUUACAGAAAUGGUAUCCUCGAGUGGUAAGAAGGAAGGAAUAAUGAGCCGGUGUUUGCAGCGGCUAAGUGCUUUUCCAGGGAAAAUAAGAAAAUUAGGACAAGAUGAUCCCAGAAGGAUUACUCAUUCUCUAAAAGUGGGGCUCGCCAUCACAUUGGUGUCUUUGUUCUAUUACUUUGAACCUCUCUAUUCCGGUUUCGGGGAUUCUACAGUGUGGGCUAUUUUGACUGUUGUUGUUGUCUUCGAAUUCUCUGUUGGAGCCACACUUGGUAGAGGUUUAAAUAGAGGCUUGGCAACUUUCAUGGCUGGAGCUUUAGGAUUUGGUGCUCACCGUUUAGCAAGCCUCUCCGGAAACAAGGGUGAACCCAUACUCCUUGCGCUUUUUGUCUUCCUCAUAGCUGCGGCAGUGACAUUUCUAAGAUUCUUUCCUCGAAUGAAGGCGAGAUAUGAUUAUGGGCUCCUAAUUUUUAUCUUGACAUUCUGCAUGAUAACGGUUUCUGGUUACCGCGAUGAGGAGCUGCUGGAGAUGGCUCAUCAGAGGAUUUCUACCAUCUUAAUCGGUGGCUUCACGGCCGUGGCCGUAUGCAUUUUCAUUUUCCCUGUUUGGGCAGGAGAUGAUCUUCACAAUUUGGUUGCUAACAACAUCGAGAAACUUGCCAUCUUCUUAGAAGGUUUUGGACCUGAAUACUUUAAAAUGACAGAGGAUGAAGAAUCACCCAAGAAAGUUUCAGAAGGAUUUAAAAGUGUGCUUAAUUCAAAACAAAGUGAAGAAUCCAUGGCAAACUUUGCUAGAUGGGAGCCUCGACAUGGUAAAUUUAGGUUUCGACAUCCAUGGAAACACUACUUGAAGAUUGCAAGCCUAACCCGGCAAUGUGCCUAUAGAAUUGAAGCUCUUAAUGGGUGCCUCAAUGACAAAACACAAACACCACAAGAAAUCCGAUGCAAAAUCCAGGACGCAAGCAUACAACUCUGUUCGGAAUCUGCCAAUACUUUGAAAGAAUUAGCUUUGGCAAUAAGAACAAUGACUCCACCAACCCCUGCCAAUCAACACCUUAUAAAUUCUAAAAUUGCAGCCAAGAAUCUAAAAUCCUUGCUAAAUACCGGGUUGUUCAAGGAAACUGACCUUCUAGAAGUUAUACCAGUAGCUACCAUGGCUUAUCUACUAGUUGAUGUUGUUUCUUGCACUGAAAAAAUUGCAGAGUCAAUUCAGGAACUAGCCUCUCUAGCUAAAUUCAAAAGUACUAAGAAACAUGAAGAAAGACAAGCUCAGCCAAAUUUAUGUCCCCAGAGAACUAUGCAGCGAAAUUCUGGCAUUAGUAUACCUGCAGUUCAACCAAAUUUAUGUUUCCAAAGAAGUAUGCAGAAAAAUUCUGGCAUCAGUCAUGCACCCCAUCAUGUUAUUACUAUUCAUCAAGAAUCUCCGUGUUUGUCAGUAGAUCGGACUUAAUAAUAAGAAACAGUUAGAGAAAUGGAUGAAUGUCUUUGAAUUUGUUUAGUCACUAACAUGUAAGAUGAUUUCCACCCAUGUUUUGUGUAUGCUAGUAAUGACUGUAUUAUAUUAUGAUGAAACAAACUGACGCUAUCAGAUUUUCCUUAGCAAA